UUUUGUCGGUCGACGAUCGGCUUGUGGGUUUGCCUUCCUCUUGUGGUGGGAUGGCCAACUUUGGUGACCUCACAGGCAUUCAAGGUUCCGGUGCUGGAUGGGCUUCUUUUGCCAGAUUUCUUUUUGCACAUGAGGUCACGGUCGGGCAGACUGCACUCUGCAAACCUCGUCUGUUGAGGCAAUGCCGUGUCGAUCGGGAAUCAAUCCCUGUCCAACCACUCUGCCUGUGCCAGCCAAUCUUCGUAUUCUGCCGACCUGGAGGGUGUCCCGGCUCGUGAGAACGAGCUGAGAUCUGGAUCUGGCUUUCUUGGACCUUCUUCCCCGCGGGGUGCUCGUCAUUUAUCUCAACUUACUCCAAUCUUUUGAAAAGAAGGAUGGGGUGGGUGAGAACGGGAUUUGACAGUCGGUUUACAUGUCGGGAGACUGCAUCUACGGGAAACAUCCAGAUCCGGAGCAGAACAGAACACAGUUAUGUAAUGAUAAUAAAUGCCCGGUCAAUUGGUCAAGUGACGUUCCACAGCACGGCUGUUGGUAACCGGCUUCUUCGGUCCGUCUCGGAGUUCAAUCGAGAGGAGAAACUUGAAGGGCAGGAAAUGAGAGGGUGGCAGGAUGGGACGAGAGUUUCCAGAGGCAUGUAUACUCAAACUAGUCAUUAAACCCGACCCUUUGGCAGCAGGCGAGAACUUGCUCUCCGUCGGAAGAACAUCUGACGGAUGGAACAUGGAAGACUUCGGAAAGUGGGCAUUUUUAAGGGCGAGGACUGACUGGUCUUUUGUUCAUUUUCAUUUUCUUGGAGAAUCACAUUCUCGGCACUCGGAAAGUCGCUCCACAAUAUUCACGCUCCGGCCGCUCGGUCUGGCUGCGUCGCCUUCGCUUGUUCGCUAGUGUCGACUUCUCCAGCUCCAUCGCAUUCUCCGGACUCUGCGCUGCUGUCGGGCCUCUCCGCAAUUGCGGAUGGCACUGUGGAUAGGCCUUGACUCUUGUGCUCGAAAACUAGCGAUCCUGUCAACUGUUUCUUUUUCGCUUCUUUUAUGACCUGCGGCCCCCGUCUGCUCUUCCUCGUCUUCCUUUUUCCCUCUCUUUUGCCUCACGACCCCCUUUCGCGCCUCAUCUCCAGUUUUCCUCCAGUCGGUCCGGUGCCCCGACUCUGGGCCUCGACGCCUGACUCGCUUCCCCCACACUCCGCUCUUCGAGCAGCCAGAUCAGGUAUUUCACCCCAUUAGCGUUCCCAUUAUUAUUUAUUUUAUUAUUAUCAUUAUUAUCAUUAUUCUCGCUUUCAUUUCCUGUCGCUCCUUCUUGUAGUCCACUCCUCUCCCGCUCCUUCACUUACUUGCGCUCUCCCGCUCUCCCCGAGCUGUGUUGCUUCUUGUUUGUCUACCCCCUGUCCUCUGUCCCUUGCUCUGCCUGCGUGUCUGCCGGCCUUGUACACGGCACAGAAAAAAGGGCUAGCAGCGAAAAAGCAAAAAAAGUCCGCAACGGCCCCCAUGAUCUGCUGCGUUCGCUCCCCUGAUUGCCGUUGAUGUUGUACUGACGGUCAAGCGAACAGUCUGUGGCGAGACAUUCUUAAUCGUGCCAUCCUCCUCUCCUCUCCAUUCCCCUGCCACCAAGCUUGUCACUCUCGGAAUCCCGGGGAAUUUUACCGGAGAAAUACGGCGGAUACGAAAAGUACACUGGCUCAAGGAAGGAGAAGCUACGCCCACACGUGUUGCGAGUUGCGACCGCUGUCGUCGCCGCUGCAAUUUCCCGUCUCUUCAGCCGUCGAACCCUCUAUCCGUUCACAUCCCGUCUUCCGCUCUCCUUGCUCUUCCCUCGCGAAUUUCACAUCUUUCUCCCCUUGGGUGAGACGGGUCUCCCGUCUCCCGUGCUGAACGACCGUCGACACCAUGCGGUCCAGCAUCGCCUGCGCACGCUGCCGCCGAAGCAAGAUCAAAUGCGUCAAUGCCGGCAUCGAUACUACCUGCCGCGCGUGCGAAUCCACCGGUCGUGAUUGUGUUUACCCCACGCCCGCGAUCGGCGUUGGUGGCGCUGCCAAACGAGACAUUGCGGCCUUGGGCGAUGGGGAGGAUCGCAAUGGUGAUUGGGAUAGCCCAAAGAGACAGCGCUCCCGCAAGGCCGUUGGGCUUUCCUCCUCCGCGGGCAGGGAUGGAUCCAAGUCGUCCCUCGACGCGCUUGAUUCGUCCCUCCUCACCGUCAAGGUUUGGGAGGCGGUCUUUGACCUGUUCCAGUCUCACUUUGCGACCCUUCUCCCCUUUCUCCACCCGGCGUCUUUCAUGGGCCAGAUCAGGCAACUGGAAACCAAAGUCAACGUCAACUCCACCAUCAACCCCAACCCAAACCCCCAAGAACCCUCUCGCGAUCAGAUCCAGAAUCAAUCCCCCCCCAAAGCAGAACCCAACCCGCUCAUCCCGCUGGGAGUCCUUGCUCUCACGGCUCGUUUUCACCCCCAACUAGUCGCCUACCACUCUCCUUCGUCGCCCGGAAACCCGUCGAACCCCGUUCUUGCCUCGGAAUAUUAUGCGACUGCGCUGCGCAGCCGGCUGGCCGGCGUUGAUGGCGCCAGUCUUGCCGUGCAGGACCUGACACGCGUCCAGGCGCUGCUAAUGCUCGCUCUGCAUGAAUGGGGUAUGUGCCGCGGGAAAAGCGCAUGGCUAUAUGUCGGAAUGGCCAUCCGCCUAUCUCAGGCUAUGGGGCUUCCAUUCGAACUUGAGAACGACGUAAUCUCCCGCGAUGCACCACCACCUCGUUCACCAGCCCUAAAGCUUGAAGCAGACAUGUUUGGUAUCCGCCACCGUCCUACAGAGCAGAAAGAACAGACAUCAGAUGAUGAAAUUGCGCAAGAGACCAAGCGUCGUACAUUUUGGGCAUGUUUCAUCCUUGACCGCUGUCUGAGCAGCGGCAAAUAUCGCCCACGGAUGAUCAGAGUCAAGGAGCUCGGCAUUCAGCUCCCAAGUGAUAAUGCCUUUGCCUUUGGAGAGCGCGUACGAACGUCCCGCUUGAAUGAACCGGCUGCGAGGCGACCGCAAAGCUUCGGCUCGCAAGGCGUCCAGAUUCCCAGUAUCCGCCAGAGUAUCGGUGGGUUUGGAGACGAGAAACUGGUACAACACAACGGUUCCGAUGGUCGACCAUGGUCACCCGUCUCGAGGCGCAAGGACUCGGCCGAGGAGGAGAUCGAGCGGUGGGAAAUUGGCGCGGACGAGUCGGUCUUGAGCCGGGUCAUUCGCAUCACCCGCGUCUGGGGGAGUAUCGCCAAGUGGUCUUGUGCAGGAGGGCGGAGAAACGAGCAGCUACCCCCAUGGCAUUCCGACUCUCGUUUCUACAGACUGCGAUCAUUGCUUGGCGAAUUCCGUGAUGGGCUGUCUCGAAAUCUGCAGUAUUCUCCCCGCAACACAGAUACCCAUAUCAUGUACAAGAACACGCUUCCUCCUUAUACCGUCAUGCACGUGCUUUACUUUCUCUCGGUUAUUGUUCUCCACCGCUCUUAUGUGCCUUUUCUCCCUGUGCGCUGUUCAGAACCGAUGGGCCCGUUGGAUGAGCCGGUGGACAAGACUGGGAUGCCCGAAGGUUUCUGGCGCGAUAGUGCACGGGAGCUCUUCGCGGCUGCCCGUCACCUGAUGGACUUGGUGGUGACAUGCCAAGAACGUGGUGUACUCGUCGAGAACCCACUAGUGGGCUUUGCAAUCUACAAUGCUGCUUUCAUCGGCAUCUACGCUGCACAUUUUCCGCAGAUGGACCUCGACGGAGCCCUAUCGCCAGUGAGGGAUCACGCGCGCGGCCAAGUCCAGUCUCGCAGGGCACUGGAAAUCUUACGCGAGACGCGUCCUCGUCUUAAAAUGGCAGCGGGCUGGUUCCGUACUCUGAAUCGUUUGCAUAGCUAUUUUCAAAAAGUCAAACGUGACUUUCGGCGCAACUCCCGCAAGGACAUGCUGCCUCCGGAUGCACUCGAUUAUGGGAAUGGAAUCAUUCGCCCCGUUCGUGAAGGUGGCCCUGGUGCAGGAUUGGAAGAGUUCAAGUUGCUGGAGAAGCUGUUCCUCGAGUUUGGCACCUUUGAGGACCAACUACCAGAGGGAUCAGGCAACGAAGAAGACGGUGAUCGGAUGACAAAUGUUAGCGACGCCGGAAGCAACCACGUUCGGAGUGAUCCUGGAGACAUGGGUGAGGGCGGUCCGCUGGAUGGCGCGGGCGGCCGGCGUGAGUCCUGGGUACCCGUCAACAGCCCGGGCUUGCCGCUCCCUGGCCCAGAUGGCGAACGACGGCCCAGCCUACCACUGCCGCCUACUAUGGCUCUGCAAUCCCAGUCGCCUUACUCCCUCCCGGCGAUGCAGCACCACCCUGAUUCCCACUACCCAAACGUCUCUCCUCCCAGUCUGCCUUCCAUCCCACAUACAAGUCCCUAUGGGAUUCCCGCGACGUCAGCUACUGCCCCAGGAACACGCCUCCAGCCUAUCGGCUCGUGGGCACCAUCACGGUCACCAGUGCCGCCGCCCCCAUACACCCAGUCCCUCCCGCCUAUCAGUACCGCCGCUCCCACCCACCAUCUCCCGAUGCUGCCGCCCCCAGGAUCUGUCGGCCACCCCGGCGCGUCACCACCAGUCACGGUAGACAGCAUGGACACGUUCAACAGCCUAUGGGCCACAAGCCUUGGCGGUGACGAUGUCCUCGCCUUCCUUGAUGGCAGCGAAUACACGCAGUUACCAGGGACUAUGCCGUCCGAGGUUGGUGUCCCAGCCGGCUGGCUGAACACCGUCUGGACGGAGUUCGCCCGAUGAUGAUGAAAACAUUCACACACGCAAAAGCAGCAAAAAGCCAUCCCUUUUUUUCCCCUCUCUUCUCUUUGUUCUUGUCUGUGUACUACUAUGACACUUCCGUGACGUUUCUGUAUGAAUACGGCCACCACACAAGGCGGGCUGGAGUCGUCUUCCCGGAUCUCCGAUUGGACUGCUACUGAUUUGGAAGGAAGGAAAGGAGGAAACUGGAAUGGAUCGGAACGAAUGAAAACGGAAACGGUACGGUUUGGGUCUUUAUGGACUUGAUUUGAGCGCGGCGUUCUGGUGCUUGCCGGUCAGCCUGACUGGUUUUGAUUCGAUACUCCUGAUGUUGAUCAUAUUUUAUCUGUACUCUUCUUUACUUGACCGAGAGUCGUCUUUGCGUUCAUUCAUAAAGUACUAUUUUUUCUAGUACCAUAGUAGUGGUCUGGGUUCUUCUGAGAGGCUCUAUGUACUACUACAUUCAGUCCUCUUACUACGGAUGAAUGCUCUUAGACUGAGCUGAAAACCACCCGACCCAACUCAGCAAAACUGUUAUUACUCACCUAGCUCGUUCCGGACAUGGUCUGUCUACCAUUAUCUUAGUUACUGUUGGGUACUUCUCUGUCCUGAUGGUUUACUUCCUGACGCUGGUAGGUAGGUGGGCGGGUUCUUUGGCUUAUUCUAGACACUGGAGCCCUAAUCUCCUACUAGUAUGUAUCCCCUAGCCUCUAGGUAGCUUAGAACAAGUCGAUGCUACAAACC